GUGGCAUGUGCUUCAAUGCUUUCACAUGUUUUACGGUAAGAUAUGCAUCUGGUAUUGGAGAGUUUAAGAAUCUUACAGUAUUUCUUGUAAUUCUAGUGACUGACAGAGAAGAUACAGAUAUUGCUCAGUAUUUUGAUGAAUGCUUCGAUUUCAUUGAUGAAGCAAAAAGGCUUGGUGGUGGUGUGUUGGUUCACUGUUUUGUUGGGAGAUCCAGAAGUGUCACAGUUGUUGUUGCUUAUUUGAUGAAAAAGUAUCAUAUGAGCCUAUCUCAAGCUCUGGAACUUGUUAGGAGUAAACGACCACAAGCAGCUCCAAAUUCUGGUUUUAUGUUGCAACUACAGAACUUUGAGAAAUCCCUUAAAGAAUCCGAUGGAGAUGCAGCAGCAAAUGAAAAUGAGCAGGAGGGAUGAAUGGAAUAUGGAAUUUCCUUGCAUUGUACAUUCUGAAUAGCCAAUUUUUUUUCCUCGUUCUUUCAGCAGUGAUUGU